AUUGGGCUCCACACAAACAACUCGAAUUAGCACUUGAAUCUCCCACAACAACCACAACCACAACCACACUCGUCGUCGUCUGUUCUUGCGGAGGAGACUCGCUGAAAUGGAAGCUUCCGUUGCUGCAAGAUCGCUCAUAAGAGUUGCUGCCAUUUCUGGGUCUCUUCGUAAAGCUUCCUACAACCGCGGUCUCAUUCGUUCUGCGAUCGAGAUAAGUAAGGCGACGGUGGAGGGCGUGCAAAUAGAUUACGUAGACAUCUCGCCGCUGCCACUGCUGAACACGGAUCUGGAGAGAGACGGCACUUUUCCACCUGCCGUGGAAGCCUUUCGUCAGAAGAUUCUGGAAGCUGAUAGCAUCCUCUUUGCUUCUCCUGAGUAUAAUUACUCCAUCGCCGCACCUCUAAAAAAUGCAAUUGACUGGGCAUCUAGACCGCCGAAUGUUUGGGCUGACAAGGCUGCUGCAAUUGUAAGUGCUGGAGGAGGCUUUGGUGGUGGACGAUCCCAAUAUCAUCUUCGCCAAGUUGGAGUGUUUCUUGACCUUCAUUUCAUUAACAAGCCCGAGUUUUUCUUGAAUGCAUUCCAGCCUCCUGCAAAGUUUGACGGUGAUGGAAACUUGAUUGAUGAACAGUCCAAGCAGAGGUUGAAGGAAGUUCUUUUAGCUUUGCAGUCAAUGACUUUGAGACUUCAAAGAAAGUGAAGAGAGGCACUGUUUCCUGUUUCGAACUGCUAACUUCUAGGUCAUUGCAGGUUCGAAACCAGAAACAGUCUCUUCAUAAGCAUGGUUAAGGCUGUGUACAUCUGAUUCUGUUUAAGCUUGGCAAUAUCAACGGCAAUGGCGGUGUCGUUGCAUAUAUUUCAGGGAAGAUGCUGAAACUGUAUGUGAUUCUCAGAAUAAAGGAAUUGUGUAUUUCAGGCUCUGCUGGCAUUGCUAGAGUUUGAUGCUUUAUAGUUUAUGGCUAUGUGAUGUGGUUUAUUUCUUUCUGCCUUGGGAGUGCCUUUGGUGUUGGAACUUAGACCUUGGUGAUUUGUUUGUAUUUUCUCACAAUAUAUAAUGUGCUAAUAAAAUGUCAUUCCUCCAAAA